AUCACUCCAGUCUGUACAGAAGUCCUCUCCAUGCCCUAUCAGAAUAAAGCUCAAAAAGCCACUGAGGAAUUGGCUCUCCAGACACUCCUACUUUUCCAGGUUGGGACUGGGACUCUGGCCAACAUUCUUCUGUUUGUCCACAAUUUCUCUCCAAUCUUUACUAGCUCUCGACUGAGGCCCACACAGGUCAUUGUUGCCAACUUGGCUGUGGCCAAUGUGUUCCUUCUAUUCGUCACUGCAUUUCCAGCCAACAUCAUGGUUUUUGUUCCUAGGAUACUUCCAACUAACCUUCAAUGCAAAAUUGUGUUCUUCAUUCGCAUGGUGGCUAGAAGCACAAACAUGUGCUCCACCUGUGUCCUGAGUAUCCAUCAGUUUGUCACUCUUGUUCUUGGUCACUGGGGUAGGCUGAUGUUCCAAGGAGGAACCCCUAAUGUCCUGAGUUAUUCAUGUUACUGUUGUUGGUUGUUGAGUGUCUUAUACAAUGUCUACAUUCCAAUGAAAGUCACUGGUCCAAAGAACACAGACAAUGGCACCAACAAUAACAGCAAGUGGGUCUGCUCCACAUCUGGAUUCAGUGUAGGCAUGGCUAUCUUGCGUUUUUCCCACGAUGCCACAUUCAUCAGCAUCAUGAUCUGGACCAGUGUCUCCAUGGUGCUUCUCCUCCAUAGACAUCACCAGCGAACACAGCACAUGCUCACUCCCAAUCAGAACCAGAGAGGGCAUGCUGAGACCAGAGCAGCCCAAACUGUCCUGAUGCUGGUGGUCACAUUUGUUGGCUUGUACCUCUUAAAUUUUCUUUGUAUAAUCUUUCACACUUUUUUAAUGGACUAUCGUCUGUGGUUGAGGCAUGUAAAUGAAGUUUUGACUGCAGCCUUCCCCACUGUUUCUCCCUUCCUGUUGCUCUUUAGGGAUCCUAAGGAUCCCUGUUCUGUGCUCUUCAACUGCUGA